GCCCACCGGCUUGUUUCCUCGUCGUCAUCGCUGAUGUCUCCCUGCCGUGUCACACAGGGCUAUCAACACCGACCGGCUGUACCUCUUCAACUGCCACUAAAAAGACAGCAACAUGGCGUACCUCCAGGACGACAUUCCCGUGUAAAAUGUGGAUUAACGAGCGACAGACAACACAGUGAAGCAGCACCUGUGCGCCGCAGCGGGGGAAAUGCAGGACGACAGCGGCAAAGCAGCACUCGGGAGCCCCGCUGUAGCAAGUGCACCCACAGCGCAGAAUUCAGUACACUUGAACGGGCAUGCUGUUACUCAGAAUGGCCACAACUCAACACCUACGCCUGCACCACAACCACACUUGGACUCCCAAGCCUCGAGUCGUGCACCCUCUCCAACUCCGGUAAUCCAGAGGGAGCAGUGGGGAGGGAAGUAUGAGUUCCUGCUCUCCUGUAUCGGAUACUGUGUGGGACUGGGGAACGUGUGGCGGUUCCCGUACCUUUGUUAUCGCAAUGGAGGAGGUGUGUUUCUCAUCCCGUACUUCAUUAUGCUCUUUGUUACGGGCGUUCCACUCUUCCUCAUGGAGCUAAGCUUAGGCCAGUACGGAGCAGCUGGCCCCAUCACAGUGUGGAAAUGCUGCCCUCUGCUCAAAGGUAUUGGCAUCGGGAUGAUCUGUGUGUCCACACUGGUGUGUCUCUACUAUAACGUCAUCAUAGCAUGGACAUUUUACUACCUGGGCAGCUCGUUCCAGAGCCCUCUGCCCUGGUCCUGUGAUGCUAUAGCCAACACAGCUCUCUGUGGAAACGGCACCACUGGCAACAGCUCCACCGGUAGAGGCCUCAGCCCCACAGAAAUAUUCUGGAAUGAGCGUGUGCUGGGUGUAGUAUACAGUGAGGGCCUCCACGACCCAGGCCCUGUCCGGUGGCCCUUGGCUCUGUGCCUCCUGGCUGCCUGGAUCAUCAUCUUCCUUUGUAUGCUCAAGGGCAUCCGCAGCUCUGGCAAGGUGGUUUAUGUAACGGCUACCUUCCCGUAUUUUGUGCUGAUUGUUUUAAUCAUAAGAGGUGCCACACUGGAAGGCUCUCUUCAGGGCAUUGCUUUCUACCUCACACCAGACUGGAGCCGAUUAUCUAAUGCUCAGGUGUGGAAUGACGCAGCCUCACAGAUCUUCUACUCCUUAGGUAUUGGAGUUGGAGGGCUGCUCUCUAUGGCCUCUUACAAUAAGUUUGACAACAAUGUCAUCAGGGACACUUUGAUUAUCACCACAGGAAACUGCAGCACCAGCUUCUUUGCUGGAUUUGCUAUAUUCUCAAUCCUGGGUCACAUGGCGUGGAAGAAGGGGGUGCCUGUCGGAGAGGUGGCAGAUACAGGUCCUGGGUUAGCCUUCGUUGCUUACCCAGAGGCCCUUGCUCUACUGCCAGGCUCUGUGUUCUGGUCCAUUAUGUUCUUCCUCAUGCUCUUUAUGCUGGGGAUCGAUACACUGUUUGGAAACAUGGAGGGCAUCGUCACGGCCGUGCUGGAUGAGUUUCCACAUCUCAGAGCGAACUCACUGCAAAAGUCCUUGUUCUUGGGCAUUCUGUGUUUUUGCUUCUACCUGAUGGGUCUCCUGUUGGUGACUAAUGGAGGGAUUUACUGGUUCACUCUCAUUGACUCCUUCAGCACUAGCUUUGGCCUCAUCAUCAUCACCCUCUUCAUGUGCAUUGGCAUCUCCUUCUUCUACGGAGUCAACCAGUUUUGUCAGGACAUCAUUGAUAUGAUCCGCCACUGCCCUCCCUGGUGCACCAAAGUGCUGCUUUACUUCAAAGCAUGCUGGGUUUUCUGCACUCCGUUUCUUCUGCUGUUCAUCCUGACCUACAUCUUCAUCGAGAUGUACAGAACUUCACUCCGCUACGGCUCCUAUGUGUAUCCACUGUGGGGGAAAGCACUGGGCGUGUGCAUGGGUGCUACCUGCUGUCUACAGAUCCUCAUCUGGGCCAUCGUGGCCAUCAGCAGGGAAACCGGAACACUGAAAGACCGUUUCCAAAAAACGAUUCGACCUCUGAAUUCCUGGAGGGUAAACAACUUGAACAGCACCGGGAGAGUCGAGGAGCGUGUGGAGCCCGAGAGGGUGGAGGCUCCGUUCACCGUCACGCUCACAGACAUGGACUUCACAGCAAUGACAUGGGAGAUGGGAAGCCAGGCGUGACAGCGUGGAGAGCAGGGAUGAACACUUAGUGAUAAACAACCUGUGUUGUCAAGAGACAGAGGAAUUUAUUAUUAUUUGUUAUGUACGUUCUUCGCCCCAGCUAGGCUCUGGUGGCUGUGUCUGAACAGACUGUGUGUCCUGCAGGGCAGAGUGGAUUAUUGCUUUAUUUAUAUCAUUACGGAUAUUUGAAUUGUACUUUUUAAUUUUUUUUUUACACUGUGUAGAAUGUAAGGUUAACAGCUGUAAAGUUUAUAUCGUCUUCAUCCAGGAUAACAUAAUGGGACCCUACCAGGACAUCUGGAUGUUGAUGAUGAAGCAGGACAUCUGCCGAUCUUAUUUAUUAUCAUAAUAGCAUAGUAGAAUUAAUUUUCCUGGACAGCAGUCAACACCAGCUUAAGAUCCGAAUUUCAUUCAUCAUGUACAACAAAAGAGGGACAAAAAAAGUGCAGUGACUCUUGACUGUUACCUUCAACGUGCACAGAUGGACCUGGAGCGGUGACCACAAAUCAUCGGCCUGCAGUAAUAAAUGAGUCAGGAAUACUUUUAAUCCAUUUUACUUUUUAAAACAAACAACUGCUAGAAUCACUGCUAGAGUAAAUAAUUCAAUUUAAAAAAAUGAACUUUCCAAAGGAACUAUUGAGCACUGUCUAUGUGUCCAUAUGUCUGAUCAUUUGCAUUUCAGUUUGAGGGAAAAGGCAGUUUCUAUACUAGUAUUGUAGACAGGCUUUUAAGUGGGACUAACUAUCUUUUGUUAUCUUUAGAGAAAAAAAUGAUAGGCGUCAGUGGGUAUCUACACACACACACGUAGGUUUUUAGUUUAUUAUGUUCACUGGAACUUGGCUUUGGCAGUUCUUCAUUGUUGAUUUCCCCUCUGCUUUUUAUGACAGAAAGCCCUCCUUAAAGGUCCAGUGUGUAGGAUUUAGGAGGAUACAUUGGCUGAAAUGGAAUUUAAUAUAAUUUGUAUGUUUUCUUUAGUGUAUAAUCACAUCAAAAAUAAUUACAUUUUCAUUACCUUAGAAUGAGAUGUUAAUAUCAACAUAGGGAGUGGGUCCUCGCCUAGAGUCAGCCUUGUUGCACUGCUAUGUUUCUACAGUGGCCCAGAACAGACAAACCAAACACUGGCUCUACGUGGGGCCAUUUUGGGUUUUUGCGUCAGCCAUUGUGGUAAGAAGCCCCUUAGCAACGAGCAGCGCCUGAAAAACACUGAUUUUUCAGCGUUAAAUUGCUUUAUUUGGUGUUUUUACCAGUUUUAAUCACCUGGUCUGUUUGUUUUGGAAAGGAAGAGACCUCUGUGGAUAAUCUGGCUCCCGGUUAAAACCUGAAUAAUCAACACAUAAGGAAUUCUAACAGACAGUUCACUCUUGGCACAUGAAAGAAGUUUCACUUCGUUGCAAUCUCAAGGCAACUGAAUCGAACGCAACUGGACUUGGUUUUGUCUUAGAAGACGUUUCACCUCUUAUCCAAGAGGCUUCAUCAGUUCAUGCUUGUCUGACUAGACUGGAACUAGUCUGACAAACUGGUGUGGAAGCACCCAGGUAUUUAACCGCUGAGGAGGUCUUCACAAGGCCCAUGAUGUCAUUGGUUCGUUAGUGCUCCAAUGGUGUGUCAACGAGCCUCUUGGAUAAGAGGUGAAACGUCUGCUAAGACAAAACUAAGUCCAGUUGCUUUCGAUUCAGUUGAGAUAACUAUGACCUGGAUAAAUGAGAAUAUCCACAGGCACUUGGUUGCAAUCUGCAUCUGCCUCACUGCUAGAUGCCACUAAAUGCUACACACUCUUCCUUUAAGUCAUUGUAUAUCAUGAUUAAAUGUCUUAUCUGGAGAGGCACUCUUAGGUUGAAUGUAUCCUCCCCUUUAGGACAUGAUUAUUGUCUUUCUUACAUUUCUAACAACUUUCUGAGGAGGCGAAUGUUACGCUGAUCUGAGGGCCUGCUUAGACAAUCACUUGUUUAAAUGUUGUUUAUUGGCAGAUUGGCCAUAAUUUGGAAAUGUUAUUGGACAGUUACUUUACAAAUACUUUUACUAGACCCUUUGCUAGAUAAGCCCAAUGAUAUCAAACUUAGGACAUGAAGGAAAUAAUUAUAUGAGGAAUUAAAAAAGACCUCAGCUCACUCAGACACAUCAGUCAGAUCAAUGUGUUUAUCUCUGUAAGUGUCUGACUGUAAUGGACUGUCCCAGAUAAAUAACAUUUGUAAACCGCUGAUGUUUUGAUUUUGUCUUGAAUGUCUAAAGAUUUAAUUCCCCACCGUUUCCACAGGCUGUUUACUCUCGAACUGUUUUCAAAGGCAUGUGUGCUCUCCUUAGUGUCCUCUUCCAAAUAAGUAGAUGAUAACAGAUAAGAGGAACCUGCCAGUCUCCAGUGUCUGCAUUUUUAAAAGUCUUUCAGUCACAUGAGGCUUUUAAUUUGUGUGCGCUUAUAAUAAGGGUCAUUGUUUGGUCUCCCAAACCAUCUUACAAGCAGGAUCACUUCCUUUAAACCCUUAAUUAGGAACAAAGGCAGAAAAAACCCCACCUUUGUUUGUUUUAGGAUUGUAUGUCAUGUCAUGAAACUCUUUGCCUUUGUAAAUCCCAGUGCCAUUUUUUUCUUC